AUGGAAGAGUGGGAUGUGCCCCAGAUGAAGAAAGAGGUAGAAAGCCUCAAGUAUCAGCUGGCGUUCAAGAGGGAGAUGUCCUCCAAGACCAUUCCGGAGCUCCUCAAAUGGAUCGAGGAUGGGAUCCCUAAGGACCCUUUCCUGAACCCUGACCUGAUGAAGAACAAUCCCUGGGUGGAGAAGGGCAAGUGCGCAAUCCUGUGA